GUUGGAAAUGUGUGAUCGCAGUCUCUACAGAUCUGGCUACGUUGGUUCUCUCUUGAACUUGCAAUCUCCAGAUUCCUUUUAUUUUCCCAAUUUGCGGGCUAAUGGCAGUCAGUUGGCGGCUCUGCCCACCAUUUCCUACCCCCGGAGCUCGAUCCCGUGGACGUGCCCCAGUCCGUGCGCAGCUCAGCCGCAGGGCCACGCGUUCGGCGGCGCGGCGCAGCCGUACCUCCCCGGCUCCGUUCCAAUCAGCAUCAGCUCCAACAGCAACAAAGAGUGCCUGGAAGAAAACAGUAAAUAUUACGCCCACGACGCGAGCUCCAAACAAGAGGAAAGAUGCAGGCAGAGGCAAUCUUUCGCAAAUGACCCAACUAUUACUCACGCAGCCAACUUAAAGCCCGCAAAGUAUGACCACUCGAGCCUGCCGAGGAGCUUGCACGGCUCGGCCGCUCUUUUUGAAGUGAAUUCCUGCACUUCCAGCCUAAAGGAGGACAUCAAGAAUUCGGUCAACUUGAACCUGACAGUUCAGCCCGCGGCAGUCCAGUCAUGCCUCAGACCUUCAGUGCAGGAUGGUUUGCCUUGGUGCCCCACCCAGGGGAGAUCGCGAAAGAAACGGAAACCGUACACAAAACAGCAAAUCGCCGAAUUGGAAAACGAGUUUCUCCUCAAUGAGUUUAUUAACCGACAGAAGAGGAAAGAACUAUCAAACAGACUGAAUUUAAGCGACCAGCAAGUGAAAAUUUGGUUUCAGAACCGACGAAUGAAAAAGAAAAGAGUGGUAAUGCGCGAGCAGGCGCUCUCUAUGUACUAGCGCGGCGCCCGCCCGUUCCCGCAUGAACUUGCGUUCGCCCCGUAGAGUAGCGUGUGGUCGCGGCUGCGAGGCGGGAGCUGGGUGGGUUUUCCCCUUUAAGCCGAGCUCUCGGAACGCGUAGGAUCCCCGCGUGCGUCGGCAACCGCUGAGCUCUUAGGCAGAGCGAAGAAGACGAGCCAGCCCAGCACUGAAACCCGUAUUAUCAGCUUUUCCCCCUUUCUUUCUCCUUUUAUAUAGAUCUUCUCCCUCUUCUAACCCCCUCUUUCCCCGGAGAACGUGCGGCGCUAAACUAAAAUCGAUGCCUUUUUAACUGUAUGUAAACACCACUUUGCAGGAAAAAAAAAAAAAAAAAAGAAUAAAAGAAUAAUGCCUAGUAAAGACGUCUGUAAAUGCCGGCUGGUCCCUUCAUGUGUUCCCCGCUUCUGAAGGCGAGCAUGCGGCGCUCGCGUGUUUUGUGGUUUGGAAUAACCUGUUGGAGCACAGAUCGCACAAAGCGGUUACCAAAUAAACCUUUUUAGUUUUCA